AUGGCUGUAACUAUCGAUGAUGGACCACAGGAUCUUCCUGAUCAGAUCACGGCUUCGAAUUCCGAGAGCUCGCCAAAGCGGUCGUUUGGAGAACAAGUUCAGCAUAUCGUCAGGGCUUUUACAACAAAGCAAGGCUUGAUUGGGACAUAUGACUAUGCUUUCCUCUUCAAACCGAACUUGCCUUUUAUCAAAAAGUCUAAGCGCAGAGCGCCUUUCUUCGGGCUUCAGGAUUCCAUGCCAGUAUUUCUAUCGCUCCUCUUGGGAUUCCAACAUGCACUCGCUAUGCUAGCAGGAGUCAUCACACCACCGAUAAUCAUCGCCUCCGCUGCCGCCUUCGACACAGAUAUCACGCAGUACCUCGUCUCGACCUCGCUGGUCGUGUGCGGUAUCUUGUCCGCGGUGCAGAUCACGAGAUUCCACAUCUACAAGACGCCCUACUACAUCGGCACCGGCUUAAUCUCCGUGGUCGGAACUUCGUUUGCUAUCAUCCCCGUCGCGACUAAGGGACUGAGUCAGAUGUACAAGAAUGGCAAGUGUCCUUCGGCAGCAGACGGCACGCCGCUCCCCUGCCCAGAAGGCUACGGUGCGAUCCUCGGGACGGCGUCGCUGUGCGCGCUGUUGGAAAUUGGACUUUCGUUUAUGACUCCUUCGCUGCUCAAGAAACUGUUCCCGCCGAUUGUCACUGGGCCUACGGUGACGCUGAUUGGUGUCUCUUUGAUCCAGACUGCGCUGGAAGGCUGGGCUGGUGGGAGCGGGAGCUGUUUGGGGCGCCCGACGAGUGGUGAUUAUAUGCUCUGUCCGUCGAAUACUGGGGCGCAUGCGUUGCCUUGGGGGAGUGCUGAGUUUAUCGGUCUUGGAUUUUCGGUUUUCGUUACGAUUAUCAUCUGUGAGAGGUUUGGGUCGCCUAUUAUGAAGUCUUUGAGCGUUGUGCUUGGACUUCUUGUCGGGUGUAUCAUCGCAGCUGCAACUGGCUAUUUUGACAAGUCCUCUAUCGAUGCUGCGCCAGUCGCCUCUUUUAUUUGGGUCCACACGUUCCCGCUCUCGGUUUACGGCCCUCUCAUCUUGCCUAUGCUAGCAGUAUAUCUCAUCUUGAUGAUGGAGGCUAUCGGCGAUAUCACCGCGACGUGCGAUGUCUCAAGAUUGCAAGUCGACGGAAAGCUCUUCGACUCACGCAUCCAAGGCGGUGUCCUCGCUGAUGGUCUGAACGGGAUGCUCGCCGGACUUUGCACGAUCACACCCAUGUCGACAUUCGCACAGAAUAACGGGGUGAUAGCUCUCACUCGCUGCGCAAACCGCAAGGCUGGCUACGCUGCUUGUUUCUUCCUGGUAGUCAUGGGCGUCUUCUCCAAAUUCGCGGCUGCACUGACAGCGAUCCCAGCAUCCGUAUUGGGAGGCAUGACGACUUUCCUCUUUGCUAGUGUGGCUGUUUCCGGUAUCCGUAUCAUAUCGACCGUGCCGUUCACUCGACGAACACGUUUCAUCCUCACGGCUGCUAUGUCCUUGGGUUUCGGGGCCAUCUUGGUGCCGGAUUGGUUCACUUACGUAUUCACCUAUACAGGGGAUAACAAGGCUAAGGCUGGGUUCUUGGAUGCUAUUGUGUUGGUGCUGGAGACUGGAUUCGCGGUCACGGCUUUCAUAGCUGUCAUCUUGAACUUGAUUCUCUCCGAGGAGGACGAGGCGGAGGAGACUGAGAGCUUGGCGGGUGAUUUGGUUGAAAGGGACGAGAUUGAGAAUAGAUAUGCUGGAAAGGGAGUUGAGACUCACAGUGGACCUUCAACAAGGCCCGAUAGUGGAAGAACUGCCGCCGGGGAGUCGAAGAAUUAA